CCACCCUUUAUAGGUGCAGUGUCCCCCCUGAUCGGCCUGCUGACCCUGACCGAGGAGGCAGACUGCCUGCAAACGGCGCUGCGGACGUUGAGGAUCCUGUCGGAUACCCCGUGCCAUCGCCGUGCCCUGACCGCCCAGGGCCUGGUGCCCCCGCUGGUGGCGGUGAUGUCCCGAGAGGAGCCGGGUUUGCUGGGGGCGGCCUGCAGGGCGGCGGCCGAGCUGACCCGCUGCUGCGGCGCACCCUGUGCCCUGCAGCUCUCCCGCCACGGGGGGAUCCCGCGCCUGGCCUCCCUGGCGGGCCACGAGCAGCGGGCGGUGCGGGAGGGGGCACUGUCCACCCUGGGCAACCUGUGCGUCCAGGGCUUCGUGCGGCCCAGCGUCGGCGGGGCCGGUGGUGUGGGCCUGCUGCUGGGGGCCCUGCGGUCGGAUCCCACGUCCCCCGCGGCGCCCGCUCACCUCCGGGCGCUGUGCCUGUGCUGCCGGGAGGCGGUGAACAGGGCUCGGGUCAGGGAGGACGGGGGCCUGGACCUGCUGGUCUCCCUCCUGAAGGAGCCCGGGCACCGUGCCAGUCACCCUCGGGUCCUGGGGGCGCUGCUGGCCUUCUUCUACGACCAGGUCGCCAUCGAUUACCUGCACGCCCGCGGCCUGGUGCCCGUCCUGCUGGCACAGCUCCUCAGGCUCUCCGGGGUCCGUCCCGGGGCUCUCGCCACCCACCCCCUCCCUCAGGACGGGAGAGAAGCCGCCUCCUUCGACUACCCCCUCGAGAGGCCCAUCCAGGGAGAGGAGCAACCAGCCGAAGCCUCGUCCAGCUUCCUCAGCCUCCGCUCCUGGUUGCUGACAGAGGGUUACAUCGAGAGUCCCGAUGAGUUGCUGCUGCCUGGACCGUGUGGCGAGUCGGAGAUCCCCCCGUGGCUGGCGCCGGAGCGGGAGGAGGCGGAGGGCGGUGCGGCUGAUCGGCCGGGGGAGGCCUCGUCGUGCAGCCGCUCGGAGGCCGAGGCCUGGUUACCAGAGACGCCAGUGCUAUUGCUGUUGUCUCGGUUUUCCCAGGCGGAGGAUCCAGCUCCGAGCCUGCUGACCGAGCACUCGGUGCGGGUUUUCCUGGACUACCUGAGCCAGGCCCCAGCUCCCAGUGCCCGCUGCUCCCGCAUCCUGGUGCGGCUGGUCUGUAACCCCAACUGCCUGGAGGCUCUGCUCCGUGCCCGCGCCGUUCCCUUGCUCCGGGCACAGCUCAUCCACGGCUGGAGACCACCCUCUGUAUCUGAGACAGCUGGAGAUUCGGGGGCCAACUGGACCCGCACUCGGGGCAACAAGGAGCUGGGUAAGGGCGGGGUGUUGAGGAAUCUGAGUGUUCAGGCUGAGUCUCCGUUUGGAGCCGGAGCCGUGACCCACUUACUCCUGUCUGGCUCUCGGAGCGACCGGGAACGCUGUGGGAUCGCUCUGCCGCUGCUCUGCCGGAAUGAGACGCUCCGGCGCAAGCUGCUGCUCGACCAUGGCGGGCUUCACCUGUUGCUGGAGACAUUGCUGGGCAGCGAGGACCCCGUGACGACGUUCGGGGCGGCGGACGGGCUGGCGUGGAUCCUGGGGUCGGGCUCCCCAGACGCGGAGCCUCCCCCCCUGCCCAGUCCUCGGGCCGCCCCCUGCUGCCCGUACGGGGAGCUGUCAGCGAGCGCGACCGACCUGAGGCUGUUGCUCGACGGAGGCGAGCGGCUGGCAGCGAGACGCUCCGCCCUGUGCCGGGGGUCCGAGGUGUUUGCUGCCAUGUUGGGGGAGGGGGGCCCUCCCCGCUACCUGGAGUGGAGCCAGAGGGAGGUGAAGAUCCAGGGCCUGGCGCAGGAUGUCGGCGAGGUCCUGGUGCACCACCUCCACGGCUGCCAGGCCGAGGGGGGCUGCCCCGUCCUGGCCCCUCUCCUCCCCCUUCUCCUCCCCCCGGAGGGUGACGGUCCUGAGCUCGAAACCUCGCUGCUGGGCCGCUCGCUGGCGGCAUCCGCUCAGUUCCUGCUGUCAGAUCUACGCUGCCAUCUGCAGGAACUAGCGGCUCGCUCGCUCCGGGCCCUCCUGGCCCACCAGCUCCCGGCCGCCUGCCUCUUCGCCGAGAGGCACUCCCUCCCCGGCCUGCAGAGCGCAUGCCUGCGCCAGCUCCUCCUGCGCCAGCCCCCCCCUCUCGCCCCCGGCCUCCGCGCUCCACUGGAGGCACCUGGCUGAGCAAACGGCCGACCUGCCCGCGCUCCUCUCUGCCCUGCGGGCCCUGGUCUCCCAGCACGUGUGAGGCCUCCCCCAGGUGAGCAGCCGUCUCCCCGAUGUCUGCCUCCAAUCCCCCUCGCUGCCCCAGGAGCUCGAGACAGAGAGACGGUGGGGAGAGAGAGAGAGAGAGGCACUUGUUGGGAGGUGGGGGCGACGAGGGGCACUGGGUGAUGGAGAGAGACACUAGGGAGAGAGUGAUAAACAGUGUGGUGGACAGAGUGAGGGGUGGGGAGAGAGAGAGAGAGACACGUAAGGGGGUGAAGAGAGAAGGAGAGAG